CAUCUUACCGACGUUCACCAACUUCAUCAUCUCGUGACAGCGUUAACCAUUUAAACACGGUAGACAGUAUGGAAAUCUGAAGGACAUAUAUUUAUCUGUUUAAUAAUUAGAAAAAAUUAAAAAAUUUAUUGAAAUGCUGUCCCGACUACUAAAAGAACAUCAGGUGAAGCAGAAUGAGCGGAAAGAGUUACAAGAGAGGCGAAGACGAGAAGCCAUCGCUGCAGCCACAUGUCUGACCGAAUCCCUGGUGGACCAUCUGAACGUUGGAGUGGCACAAGCAUAUGUAAACCAACGUAAGCUGGACCACGAGGUGAAAACACUCCAAGUGCAAGCAGGCCAAUUCUCCAAGCAAACUGCUCAGUGGAUCGGCAUGGUCGAGGGUUUUAACCAGGCUUUAAAGGAAAUUGGGGAUGUGGAGAACUGGGCCCGCAGUAUUGAGAUGGAUAUGAGAACGAUUGCCACCGCUCUGGAGUAUGUGCACAAAGGCCACCUCCAGUCUGCUGGCUCAUAGAUGCAUUACUACGUAUGUGUUGAGGUUGACACUCAACUUAGAUCGGUUGAACAUUAUUUGUUGCAUUCAAGAGUGCAUGAAUAUUUGUGCUGGAGAGGCAUCAAGACAGGGACAAGCAUUUUUUUGUUUUAAAGAAUGACUUAAAAUAGCCUUUUUAUCAAUCAAUAAAUUACAAUAAUUUUACAUUGUUACAGACAAAUCAGUGCCCCUUAAAGUACAUUUUUUGUGCGUCUCCUGCGUGGCUUCUUCACAUUUAUGUACCAUGACUGUCCAUAAUGACUGUACUGUUUUUGUUGUCAUUCACAAAAGAAACAUUCUUUUUAAUAAAGUUAAAACAUA